AUUGUUUCAACCGAGUACGAACUAGCAUAGCAGAAGCAGCAGCAGCAGCACAAACAGUAUUACAAGAACAUUCGGCGUGGUUGUUGUUGUUCUUGCAGAAACAAUGAAGGUGUUCGUAGUGUUGAGUGUGUUCGCGGUGGCCGUGUCGGCUCGUCCUGAACCUCCAGUGGGUGGUGGCUACUCGUACUCGGCGCCAUCGUUUAGCUCCGCAGGAGACGGCGGUUCCUACUAUUCCGGUGGUGGCCAGGUGCAAGGAGGCGGUGAUGGCGGCGGCUACAACUACCAGCCCGCCACCCAGGUCAUCCAGAAGCACAUCUACGUCCACGUGCCGCCACCGGAGCGCGAAGAGAUCAGCUACCCCCGGGUGAUUCAAUCCGGUGGUCCCCAGAAGCACUACAAGAUUAUCUUCAUCAAGGCGCCGACCCCACCCCAGCCAAAGGCCCCGAUCAUUCCGCCGCCGGUGCAGAACGAAGAGAAGACCCUGGUCUACGUGCUGCACAAGAAGCCCGAGGAGCCGGAGGAUAUCAUCCUGCCGACGCCCCCACCAACCAAGCCAAGCAAACCGGAGGUGUACUUCAUCAAGUACAAGACCCAAAAGGAGAAAAAGCCAGAGUAUGGGCCACCCAAGCAGGACUACGGACCUCCGGCCACCGGCAAUGGCUACUAGAGCCACUUUUCAUCCCUAUGAUACUUCUGAUGCUGUUUUCUGGCAAAUACUGUCAACUCUACACGUGGUGCGAAUGAUCGAGCGAGAGAUUCUGUUUUACGUUCUUAGCCAGUAAGCUCUGAUUGAGUCGAAAUGGUCACAUUUCGGCGUCUAGCAGAAAAACCGUCAGCACUUGUGUGCUUUUAGGAAGAUAGCAAUUACUAUACGAUUAUCUACUCUUAGCGAGCCAUAGCCGACAUCUUUUUAUGUUGUUUAAUUUAUAUUAAUUACAUGAAAGCAUAUCUAGUUGAAUUGAUAAAAAAUAACGGUGACAAAUUAAAAAAAAACACUAAAACUAA